AUGUUUCGGAGUUGCGUGAUAGGUAGUCUCCGCGUGCCAAGCAUUCAAAAGCGGGCGGGUAGUUGCGGCAGAUUGAUAAACCAGCUGGACAAGAGUACUCUAAGCUACGUCUCCAUCUUCGGCCUGACGACCGAUGCCCAUCUCCACGGCCGGCAAUACUCCUGGCUGGGAUCGAUACUGUACUUGGCGGAGCUUGUGAUGCAGCCUCUGGCGACAGUGCUCCUAGUCAAGUUGCCGACGGGCAAGGUACUAGCAUCGGCUAUCUUCCUCUGGGGGUCGGCGCUGUCGAUCAUGUCGGUAUGUACAGACUUCAAGUCACUGCUGGGUAUGCGGUUUGUUCUGGGCUCCUUCGAGGCGCUUAUUGCCCCCUCGUGUGUGGCCAUCACGCAGAUGUGGUGGCGGCGGCGCGAGCAGACUCUGCGCACCAGCUACUGGAACGCGAUGAAUGGCGUGACCUCAAUCGUGGGCAGCCUUCUCACUUAUGGGCUUGGCCAUAUCCAGCACGGCUCCAUGUACCGCUACCAGACCAUAUUCCUCUUCUGCGGGCUGCUGACCGUCGCCUACUCCAUCGUUGUCCUCUGGCUGAUGCCUGAUUCCCCAAUGGAGGCAAAGUGCCUAACCAUGCGUGAGCGGAUCAUUGCCACUGAACGCCUGCGCGCUAAUCAGAUGGGAAUUGCGACUCGGCAGUGGCGCUGGGAGCAUGUUUGGGAGACCGCCCUGGACCUGAAGACCUGGUGCUGGUUCAUCGCAAUCAUCACCAUAUCUAUCGCCAGCGGCGGCAUCGGCACCUUUGGCUCCCUGAUUGUCAGCUCCUUUGGCUUCGGCAGCUUCGCGACCAUCCUCUUCAACAUCCCCUUCGGCGUCAUCCAGGUGAUCUCGAUCCUGGGCACGGGCUGGGUGGCCACUAAGAUCCGAUCCAAGGGCUGGACCAUCGCCGGUAUCAGCAUCCUACCCACCGUGGGAACAAUCCUAAUGCUCACCGUAUCGCGUGAACAGAAGGGUGUUCUGUUGUUCGGAUACUACAUGGUUUCCACCCUUGCGGCCAUCACCCCUUUAAUCUACGCCUGGCAGGCGCAGAAUACCGCCGGAGACACCAAAAAGAAGCGCACUUCGGGGAUUGUCUUCGUGGGCAUGUGUGCCGGCAACGUUAUCGGCCCCCUGCUAUACUCGACCGACGAGGCCCCGUUGUACCGGACAGGGCUCAUCGCCAACCUAGUCAUGUUCGUGACAGUCGGGAUUGUGUCUGCACUAAUACCAUUCUACCUCAUGUACCUUAACAAGCAGCACGCCCUAAAGCGCCGCGAGCUUGGGAAAAGCAACCCGGUCGCCGUUGGGGAUAUCUUCGAGUACCGGAAGCUCAAGGGCGACGCCGUCCAGCUUGAACAGGUCCAGGACUACCGUCAGGUAAUCGACGAAGACAAAGGUCUGCACGAUGUAACGGACCAAAUGAACGAGGAUUUUAUCUACGUGUAUUGA